GAGCAUGGCCGCGGCCGCGGCGGGAGGAGCCCCGGGUCCGGCCCCCGGCCCCGCCAGGCCCGCGCCGGCCGCCCGGAACCCGCCGGCCGUGCCGCGGAGGCGCGGGGACUCCCGGCGCCGCCAGGCCGCCCUCUUCUUUCUCAACAACAUCUCCUUGGACGGACGGCCCCCGAGCCUGGGUCCCGAAGGCGAGAAGCCACCUCCGCCGCCGCCGCCGCCGCCCACCGAGGCCCGCGAGGCGCCCGCGCCACCGCCCGCUCCACCCGGAGGUCUCCCGGGGCUGCCAGCCAGGCCCGCGCCCCAGGGCCUCCUCAGCCCCACGACGGCGCCCGCCGGCCUUGGGCUGGACGGGCAGCGCCAAAGGAGACGAGUCACAUCUCAGCGCUGUUCCCUUGAGUUUCUAGAAGAUGCAGUGGGAUGUGCCUCUGUGCAGAGAACCAAGCAUGCAUCUGGAUCACCAAGACACAAAGGCCUGAAGAAAACCCACUUCAUCAAGAACAUGAGGCAGUACGAUACAAAGAACAGCAGGAUUGUGCUCAUCUGUGCCAAGCGGUCCCUGUGUGCGGCAUUCUCAGUCCUGCCCUACGGAGAGGGCCUGCGGAUCAGUGACCUGAGGGUGGACAGCCAGAAGCAGAGGCACCCAUCCGGCGGCGUUUCUGUUUCUUCUGAGAUGGUCUUUGAAUUGGAAGGCGUUGAGCUGGGAGCAGAUGGAAAGGUCGUGUCUUAUGCAAAGUUCCUGUACCCUACUAAUGCCCUGGUUAUACACAAGAAUGACAGCCAUGGCUUGCUGCCCCAGCCUCGGUCCAGCAUCUCCCGGGCUCCACCAGGUUCAAGACACAAACCUGUGCCUACCAAGUCAACACCAGCUGGCACAGAACUAGGAAGCGACGGGGGAGAUGCAGUAGAAUACAACCCCAACCUCCUGGACGACCCACAGUGGCCAUGUGGGAAGCACAAGCGUGUACUCAUCUUUGCUUCAUACAUGACCACUGUUAUAGAGUACGUGAAGCCUGCGGACCUCAAGAAGGACAUGAACGAGACCUUCAGGGAGAAGUUUCCUCAUAUCAAACUGACCUUGAGCAAGAUUAGGAGUUUAAAGCGGGAGAUGCGGAACCUUUCUGAAGAAUGCAGCUUGGAGCCUGUGACCGUGUCCAUGGCCUAUGUGUACUUUGAGAAGCUCGUACUGCAGGGCAAGCUCAACAAACAGAACCGCAAACUGUGUGCUGGCGCCUGUGUUCUGCUGGCUGCCAAGAUCAGCAGUGACCUCCGCAAGAGUGAAGUGAAGCAGCUCAUUGACGUGAGUGCGAGAAGCUGGAGGAAAGGUUCCGGUUCAACAGGAGAGACCUCAUUGGAUUUGAGUUCACAGUGCUUGUGGCUUUGGAACUGGCCCUGUACCUCCCCGAGAACCAAGUAUUACCUCACUACAGACGCCUCACCCAGCAGUUCUAGCCCAACGCUGCAACCCACAGGGAGGCUGCUUUGGCUAGAGCACUGACAAGUGUCCCUGUCCCUCCUCCAGUAACUGCACUUGCCCCUCACGGCCCACGGCAGCUCUUGGCUUCCUUGGGAAAAGACACUGCUUUUAUUUUGGGGUGUACCACACCUCCACCUUGAGGCCCUGUUGAGGAUUUUCCUGAAGCAAAUGAAGUGUGGGGCUUGGCUUGCUUUUCAUGUGCCUGAGACCAGCCUGGUUUAUGUUGUGAACUCUGAGGUCCAGCCUUCAUUUUGCCUAGCCAUGAAACGAUUCCUGUAGAGACCUAGGUGUCCAGACCCAAUUGCCAGCAGAGACCCCAUCAGCACAUUUUUUGUUUUUUGAAAUACAGAAAAGGGCAGACACCUUGACCAUUCUGAGUCUGCUCACACUGGACCUUGUUAAAGUAUCUGCCACUGUGAAACCCCUGUGCCAUCACACGCACAGCAGUGUUUGGCCAACACCACCCAACCCCUGCCAGCACAACUUUUCCCCGUGUUACUGGACUGUUUUAAGACAACCGCUGACUGCGGGCUCUUGACUUUACUAAGCAAUAUCAUGAUGGAGAAAAGGUAUUAUAACUUGAGACUUGGUCUCUAUGGGAACAAAGUGGCCCAUUAAGGCCUACUGCUGACUCUGAACCACACCUGAUCCCCAAGCAGGAAGGAACUGACAAACAGCACAGUGAGUAGAUACCAUCUAGGCCAACUUGCCUGUGCCACCUCUCCCUGCUGACAACAGACAAGAGCCACCUUCCACCUUCCCUAGAAACUGGUCACCAGCCUGACAGACACCAGUCCCACUGCUCCCAAGUGCUUGGUUCCACAGCCUCAUCACCUGACACCAUUCAACCACCUAGGCCUAGUGAAUCACUAAUAGCUUAAACAGGAACCUUGAAGGAUAGUAAAUAGUCUUUUAUCCUGUCCAUGCUUAUGCUGGUGUAAGCAUGCCAGUCCUCAGAGCACCUUUGGGUACAAGACAGUGGCUCCUGCAGAUAGGCCAUCUUUGGGGCAGCCCCAUCACCUUGUUUAAAAUGAACGUAGAUACGGCUGAAUGGCAAACAGUAAUAAUUUAAGCUUUUAUAUUUAUGUUAUGUGGUAAGGUGUAUUCAUUUUACCAAGCUGGUCUCUUAGUCCUUCCCUCCAUGCCCUCAACAAGGCCAGGAGCUGCUGCUGUGUGGUACUGAGUGAGCACUGUCACAGCAAAGCCAUCUCUUAAACCAGAGUCCCCACAGACCAAGCCCAGAAACUUGAGGUAUACCCAUGGUGUCCAGCUGGACUGUGACCCAACGCCACAGACCUGGUGCUGUACCCUCAGCACUGAACAGGACACCACUGUCUCAGAGUGGCUGACCAGAAUGGUGUGUCCAAGUAGGUUUUGAAUGGAAGGUGUUAAAUUUUUUUUGUUAAAGUAAAACUUGUUUUUGCAACAUA